AGGAUGGUCCAUUAUACAAAAAGGACCAGUUGAACAAUUAUACAAGAGAUUCAAAUAAAGAAGUUGCUUUAAAAUGUUUACAUAAUUCACAAGAAUCCAUCGAUUCUUUAAUAAAUGAGGCUAAAAAAUAUCCAACAAAACAUGAAGCAUUUCAAAUAUUGUAUGGAAUAUCUCAAAAUCCAGAUACAGGAAAUUAUAUUUUUGUUCUUAUCUGGACAAGUGGAAAUGAAAAAAUUGAUGAUUUCAUCCAAGAAAGGCAAUUACAAAUAAAUGACUAUAAUGAUGUAGUAUUUGAAUGGAUACUAUACAGUCAGUUUAAUGAUAUUAAGGAAAUAGGUAAAGGUGGUUUUUCUACAGUAUAUUCAGCAGAAUGGAGGGAUGGUCCAUUAGAGUAUGAUGUAGAUAAAAAAAUCUAUAAUAGAAAUCCAAAUAAAGUAAUUGCUUUGAAAUGUUUGCAUAAUUCCCAAAGUAUUACAGACAAAUUUUUAAAUGAGGUUAAAGAGUACUCAAUAAAUAAAAGUAGUAAUAUUCUUAAUGUAUAUGGAAUAUCUCAAAAUCCAGAUACAAAAGAAUAUAUUAUGGUUCUCCAAUAUGCAAAAGAAGGCAAUUUUAAUCAUUGGAUAAAUAAAAACUAUGAAUAUUUUAAUUGGAAGGAUAAACUAUCUGCAUUAAUCGAUAUUAUUAAUGGUCUUAAAGAAAUUCAUCAAAGAAAUUUAGUUCAUCGUGAUUUUCAUACAGGAAAUAUAUUAUUUUUGAAUUUCAUAAAUCAUUUUAGUAAUUGUGUAUUAAUUUCAGAUAUGGGAUUAUCUGGAGAAGUUGAUAAUAUAGAUGAAACAAAAAUUUAUGGAGUUAUGUCUUAUGUGGCUCCUGAAGUAUUAAGAGGAAAACCUUAUACUCAAGCAGCAGAUAUCUAUAGUUUUGGAAUGAUAAUGUAUUUUGUAGCAACUGGAAAACAACCUUUUGGCAAUCGUGCACAUGAUUAUGAUUUGGCAUUAGAUAUUUGCAAAGGAGUUAGACCUGAAAUAAAUAAAUCAGAAGUACCAAGAUGUUAUUUUGAUUUAAUGAAAAAGUGUUGGGAUUUAGACAAAAAUAAUAGACCAGAUGUUUUUGAGUUAGAUAAAUUAAUCAAAUCAUUUUAUGGGUUAUAUGUGGAGGAUUUAGUUAUUUUUGGGAAUGAAGAAAUUAAAAUACAAUUUGAGGAAACAGAAGAAUAUAGAAAAACAAAUUUUUCACCCACUGAAAACUACCAAACAGUUACCCAUCCACAAGCUAUUUAUACAUCUCGAUUACUUAAUCAUAUUACAAAAGAACUUCCAAAAAAUGAGGAUGAUUAUAAUUCUCAAUCUUUGGAUUAUUGUGCACUCCCAAUUAGAAAUGAUAUACAAUGAAGCAUAGUAGGAUAAUAAAAUUUUGUUUAACAUUUGAUAUAUACUGUAUGUAUAACUGCUAUUUUAUAAGAAUUUACAAUUAUAUAGUUUAGUCCAACACUGUGUAUGGAUAUGUAAUUUUUUUUACAUGAAUAAAUUAGUUUGUAAUUGGACAUAUUAA